UUGCAAGCUUGUUGCUUAGCUUUCCCUAGUAACUUACCCACGCAUUCGUCCCCACCGCUCAAUAUUACAAAAGCUCUCACCGUCUCCCAUGAACAACAAAACAAAGUAGAGGAUAAAAUGUCCGCCGAAUGAAAGGUUCAAAAGACACCAACUCUCCCUAGCAGCUACAACACCUCCAGCUGAAAAAGAACCGGCCGUCGCAACGGCAGCCUUGGCCUCUUUCCCUUCGCUGCCUCUCUACACCUCUCUCUCCACCAACAUGAUUGCUCUCAAAGGCAUUGGAGCUGCUUCCUUCACUCCAACAAAGCAACCAUUUCUCCGCACCAAAAGACUAGCAACUCCAAGGAGCUAUUCGCUUCUCUGCCUCUCCAAGUCCGGCGACUCUGAUACCGAUUCCACUUCAGAAUCUUCAGAAGGUGGUGGUGGUGGAGACACCCGCCGGCAAGAGUUACUCGCCAGAAUAGCUAUGCUCCAGACCGAGAAGGUCCGCCUCACAGAUUACUUGGAUGAGAGAUCCGAUUACCUCACUCAGUUCGCCGAAGAGGCCAACGCGGAGAUCGACAAGAUUGGAGAGGAUGCCCUCACCCGCCUCGACGAAGCCAGUUCCAGGAUAAUGGAGAAAAUAGAGAGCCGCAUGCAAGCAUUCGAGGAAUCUGCAGAAAUGGAAAAGGCAGAGAUAGAAGACAAGGAAAGCAAAUUGGCGGACUUCGAGGGACAGAUGGAUAAGGAUCGUAAUGAAGGGCUCUUCUUUGAGAACCUGGGGAUGAUGGGACAGAAAGCAGCGCCUGCCGUUGAUAAAACAAAGGCACAAGAAGAAGUGCAGAAGAUCAAAGAUCUGGCCAAAGCAAAAGCUGAAUCAGCGGCUAGAAAGAACAUUUACCUUGCUCUAAUUGCAAUCCUGGUCUUUACCAUCGCAGAAUCUGUGAUAACAACCCCUUCACCAGAAUGGCGGAAAAUUGCAGUUCUUGGAGCAAUCUUAGUUGGGUUGAUCACUCAGGUCACAUACGAGCAGAGCUUGUCAUCAUCAUCAGACGCACAAAACCUAGAACAGAAGGAUAAGGCUGACAAAGAAGAGCAAUGACUAAUGGCUUCAGUGUGAAUAUAGCAUGAGUUAUUAGACCCAAGUGUGACACUUGCAACUUGAGCUUGAUACGUCCAGCAAAUUUCUGUAGCAUCACAUUUCUUGUAUCUUGGUGAAAUUACUCACAACACCAAGUACCAUGUAACCGAAGUUACAAUGCAGCAAUGCAUAUUGUACAGGUUUUCAUAGUUAGUAGGCAUUAGAAAAUGCAUUACCAGCUUUCAUAGUCGUUUUUUAAUUCUGUAUAAAUUAAUCAUCAUGGUUCGUUCAUAUACAUGAUGCUGCAGCCAUGCAGUGAAGUUGCAGCGAUGUUAAACCUGGAACGAAAAAAAGCUCACGGGUUGAAAGCUAAUAGGAUUUUCAGAGUUAACGAUUCAGAAUUUAUGGGCCCAAAACAACGAUUAUCCCACUCCACACAAUAAUAGAGCUUAGAGGCUAGUAGUUUUUCCACUAGAUACUCACCAAAUUUCUUGAGGCCUCAGUGUCUAUCAUCUGUAUAAUUGUCUGGCCCCAGCAAACUGUAUGAUCAGAUUAGAAACACUGUUAGAAACAAGAUAAGACCUUUUGUAAAAGAAUUUUUUGAAUAUGUUGAAUCGAUAUAAAUUGAGGAGCAAUCUUAGUCGGGCUGAUCACUCAGUUCGCCAACGAGCAGAACUUGUCAUCAUCAUCAGACAUACAAAAGCUAGAGCAGAAGGAAAAGGCUGGCAAAUGAGAG